AUGGAUCUGGAAGUUCAACAUGAAUUCAUAUCAGUUUCUAUUCAUUUUGCUACAGAAUCCACUUGUACAGUUGCAGCUCCUGUGGAUGUCCUUCUGACAAGCAACCCAUAUUGUAAAGUCAAAAAGAGACAUUGUGUGAGUAAGGAGGGACCAGGUGAGCUCUCUUGGACUCGUCAGCAGCCUCGGUUGUGUAAGCAGGCAUGGGUCUCAGGAGAAACAGAGCAGACUGGAGGGACUUCUCUUACUCUUGGAGAGCAGGCAGAUAAUAUCAAGGAGACUACUGCACAAGAAUGCAGUGUACAGGUGAUGACCCCUUUGGAAGUGCUAUCAGAAUGCGGUGGCAACUCUGAAGGGAAACAACAGCAGGUUAUUGAGGAGGAGUUAUCUGAGCCCAAGAGGAUUACUAACUACUGGCAAGACAUGUGUGGAAGGUUGAAGAAUGUUCUGCAUCAGAAGGACAAACACAUAGAGCGGCUUUAUAUUAAAAAUGAAAGACUUGGAGCAAAACUGAGAAAGCAGGAAUCGGAAAUAAAACAGCUCCUAAAAGAAAUUUCAAAAUUUGCAUCGGAAAAGAGAGAGUUAGAAAGCAGAUUACAGAGGAUAAUUGACCCAAAAGAAUAUUUGAAGACCACAGUUGAAGACUUGUUUAAAAAUAACAAUGAAGUAAUAAAGGAGAUUGUAGAGCAGAAGCUAUUUGAGCAGAGGCAGCAUCUUGACCAAAUAGAAAUAAAGCACAGCUGCAAGUGUGCUGAAAUAAAAAAUAUAUUGGAUCAGAAACACAGACAUCAUAUUAAAUUAAUUCAUGAGAAGGACAAGGACAUAAAACAACUCCAUAAAAAAAUACUGAGGCACUCUUUGUGGUCAGAUUGUUAG